GACCAACGCACAUCCCAACAUAUGAAACAGUUCUGGCACUCACUACAUAUACAUUUAAUUUCCAGCUCUUAGACUGCAUCAUCUAAAUUUUCCGUUGGAACCAGAAAUUAUCGUCAUGGACGGGGCUCUGGCGUCCUCUGUUAACGCAAUUGUGGGUGCGUUUACUGGUGUCGCGUCUUCCGCAAGAAAUGCCGUCCCUUUUCUCUUCAGACGUCGAUCUCUGCAAUAUGGCGCGUCCCAUAUUGCCGUUCUCUCUGUGCUGGCAUAUCUCGUCCUCUGUGCGCGUCUGCGUUGUCAAAGGGUCCGAUCCAGACAGCGAAAAAUGAACUUCACCAGUCGAGAAUCCAUGUCCAAGAUGACCAAUACAGAGGCUCAGAGCAUUAUACAGACGAUGACGCAGUUUGAAUUUCCCACAAUGUUCAAAAUGUCACUGCAGUUUGCAUUGUUCAAAACAUAUGGAAUCCCAACAAUCUCCGACUUGCUCGUGGCAACACGCCUGUUUAGCACCCCUGAUAAUGCCAGUAAGCGAUACGAAGACACGACGGUGCUAAUUGGAGAGUAUGUCGCCCAUGAUCCCAGCGAGGAGAGGACGCGCAAAGCCAUUGCGCGCAUGAAUUACUUGCACAGUCCGUACAUUAAGACAGGGAAGAUCUCCAACGCCGAUCUCCUGUAUACCCUGAGCGUCUUUAUUACCGAGCCCAUCUCCUGGAUCAACGAGUAUGAAUGGCGAGAAGUGACGGAAAUGGAAAUCUGCGCGCUGGGGACAUUCUGGAAGAGCAUCGGAGAUGCAAUGGAGAUUACGUAUUCCGGAUACCUCAAACGCGAUUCCUGGAAGGACGGUAUUGAGUUCUACGAAGACAUCAAGCAGUGGGCGUUGCAGUAUGAGUCCGAUAAUAUGGUGCCCGCUGCGACGAACAAAGAGACGGCAGACCAGCUGAUUCCGUUGCUUUUAUUCUACGUCCCACGAUUCCUGCGACCGAUCAUCCGUCAGGCUAUUGGUGUCUUGAUGGGAGAGCGCCUACGACGGGCCAUGAAAUACGACGACCCCUGGCUCCCAUCUUACGGAGCAACAUAUUGUCUUCUUUCAGCACGACGGUUUGUCCUGCGCCAUCUAACACUACCACGCAUCUUACCAGUCCUCGAAUUCAGCGAUAAAGAUCCGAAGACGGGUCGUUACUACCACAAUGCCUACCUCGUGCAUCCGUACUAUGUGAAGGCGUCCUUUUGGAACCGCUGGGGCUUCCAGGCAUGGAUGACUUGGAUCCUAGGUGGAACGGUACCUGGCGGGAAAGACAGCGCGAAGUACAUGCCGGAGGGCUAUCGCUUUGACGAAAUUGGCCCAGCAAGGAAGAAGGGGGUUGGGAAGGAGGAGUUGGAGAUGUGGGAGAAGAAGAUCCAGAAGUCUCGGCCAGUUGGAUGUCCUUUUAGCCGUGUGUAAAUAGGAGAAUUCCCGCAGUAAAUGCACAGAAUAGGUCACCUGCUAAACCGCUUCAUGAUAUAUGCAUGGUGGCCAUCGGGGCCUACAGGUUCACACCUGCCUCGGCUCAUGUCUGCUCCCAUUCCCAUCAUUUCAAAGA